AGAGAGGAGCGCCUGCGCCGACGGCGGCGUGUAGGUGCGAGAGCGCGAGGAGCAACUGCGCAGAUGCAGAGGGCAGGAAAUGAGGCUGCGAGAGCUUGAGGAGCGGCGGCGCAGACGCAGACGCAGACGCAGACGCAGGGAAGGGAAGGGGUAAGACACUCAGCUCUCCUGGGGUCUCCCAUCCCAUCACAUACGCGCCCCUCCCACCCCGUCUCCUGCACGUGGUUGGAGGCCGAGGUCGAGGAAAGAGAUGGCAGAGCCCGAGCGGCCGUCGAUGACCCUUCUUGGGGGCCCCGUUGGAGGGGAGGGAGCCACCGAGAUGGGCCCGGAUACGAAUACAUUGGAGCCGGCGCCCUCCACCGCAGUCUCCCCCGGAUCAGAGGAACCUCCUGGCGACGCCAAGAAAAAAAUUGAUAUUCUGUUAAAGGCUGUUGGAGACACCCCGAUAAUGAAAACAAAGAAGUGGGCUGUGGAACGAACCCGAACUAUUCAGGGCCUCAUUGAUUUCAUCAAAAAGUUCCUUAAACUUGUGGCUUCUGAACAGUUGUUUAUAUAUGUGAAUCAGUCCUUUGCUCCUUCACCAGACCAAGAAGUUGGAACACUCUAUGAGGUAAUUAAUUUCAGCCUUUACAUAAUGAAUAAAGAUAAAUUGUUGAUAAAUUACAUUUCUGCUUAGCUUACAUCAAUGUUUUUUUUUUAUUAUAAUAAUCUUGUAUGUGUAACUUUGAACUGUAUUCAAGAAGAUACCAAUAUUCAGAUUCACAGUGUAUCAGGAUUAGGAUGGACUGCUAAUCUCUUGUUGAACAAACCCAACAAGUGACCAUCCAACCUUUGCUUGAAGACUUCUAAUGAGAAAAAUCUUCCAGGACAACCCAUUUCACUGUUGGAUAGCUUUAAUUAUAUCAAGUCGGAAUCUACCUCUCUAUAUUUCUGGACUUGGGGUCCAAAAAGAGCAAAUCUAAUCACUCUUUCAUGUGCUUGGCCUUUCAGAUACUGGAGGACAGCUGUUCUCUCUACUAGUCCCCAGGCAUUCUCUUUUCCAAACUAAACAUCCUCAGUUCCUUCAAUCAAACCUCCUGUAGCAUUAACUUCUGUUCCUUUUCCCUUUUCCCAAUUUCCAACUUAGCAAUGUUCUCCAAAAAAUAUCUUUCUCAGAAUUAAAUAAAUCCCUACAGUGAUCUGACUAGAGCAGAAUAUAGAAGGACUAGGUCCUGUUUGUUCUUGGACACUGUAUCUCUCUUUUUUUUUUUAAUUUGUAUUUCAUAUGAUAAAAGACUUAAUAUUAACUCAUAUUGAACUUUCAGUAUGAUAAAACCCCAGAUUUUUUUUUUUUAAAUAAAUGCUUUCUAGGCUUAGAAAUUUCUAGCUAUACCUUUAUUAUCUCAUGGAGUUGACUUUUUUCAUCUAAAUGUAAGGUUUCAUAUCUAUCUUUCAUUUAGAAUAGCAUUGUUUUGAAUCUUAGCUUUGUCAUAUGACAUGUUAACUUUGUACUAACACUAUCUAUGUGGCCAUGUACAACCUGUUGUCACCUACCUGGGCUCCAACUUAAUUAUCUCUAAACUUCUUGGCCUCUAAAGGUACCUGUCAGAAUCCUGUGAUCUCAAAACUUGAUAAGAAUUUAUCUAUAAUUUUAUUCAAAUCAUUGAUAAAAAUAAUCCCUCUAGAGACCUAUAUCCAAAUUACAUUGAGCCAUUAAUGACAUAUCUCCAUUCAACUACUUUUCAAUUAGUUUCUCUAUAGCAUUAACCCUUGUCUUCAUCUUGUCCACAGCUUUCACUUAGGAGAUUUUGUCACAUAUUUUGCUAAAAUCCAAGUAAGCUGUCUAUGGCAUACUCCUAAUUUACAAAUCUAGUAACCUUAUCCAAAAAAAAAUGAUUUUCAUCUUGAAAGUAACUUGUUUUUCAUGAAGCUCUACUAGCUCAUUGUCUUCUUUUUCUAAAUUUUCUCACUCCAUUCCAUUAACAAAAAGUAGGAUUUUGUCAAAAUUUUCUGACAUACUGUUUGUAGAUUACAUUCUCUUACCUUUUUUAAUAGCCAAAUUAACAUUUGCCCUUCUCCAAACCUGUGGUGCCUGUUCUCUCCUCUGAAAUCUUUCAGAUAUCAGUAAACAGUCUCAGCAAUCAAGUCAGCCAAAUUUUGCAAUACUGUGGGAUGUAGUCUAUCAAGACUUGUGUCUUGAAUUCAUCAAAGAUGGUAAAAGAUCUCUCUAUUCCCAUUAUUUUAGUUUACAAUUAUAAACUAUUUUCCGUUUACUUUUUCCAGUCCAAAGAUUAUUCUCAGCAAAGUUAACAGAAGGAAAUUGAGUGGAACAGUUUUGCCUUCUCUCAUCAUUUUUGUUAACUAUCAUAAACAAUAGUAUUUUCUUUCUUUCAAAAAAUUUUUCUCAAAUUUAGCUUUAAAAAUUUUUGUGGUCCUUUUUUUUUUCUUUACUAGUCCCAGCUUAUUUUUCACUAUAGAACACUUAUUCUUAUAGGACCGUGCCAUCCUUUUGUAAUUAUUCUCUCUUACCUUUGUUUCUGUUCAUGUCUUUUAAAAAUACAAAUUGUUCUAUCAGUUUUUAAUGUAUACAUAUUAGCUUCUUAAGAUAAUAACCAUAUUUUUAUCUUAAUCAUAGUUUAUUUUGUAUGUUCUGAAUUUUAUUCAUGAACGCUUCUCAUUCCUCUUGAACUAACUUCUAUAAAAAAUUUAGGCCAAGGGAUUCAAUCUAACCUUUCUCUGAAUCCUUUGAAAACGUCUCUUCUGAAAUAAUAAAAUGCAUAUCAAACUGUACCCAACUUUCUUUUCUAUUGCACAUUUGUAUUGGUCAGAAUUCUGAAGGAUCUGCUCAUUUCUAUUUCAACAACUAGUUUCACUUUCUUGGUGAUAAUUUAGUGCAUAGAACCGUUUGCCUGCUGUUCCCUCCCCCUUUGUCUCUUGAAGGCUAAAAUUAUCAAGCAAAGCAAGAAAUUACUAACUGCUUUGCUUUGGGGAGGAUUUGGGGAGCAUGACACAGAUACCUAUAGCUUCCACCAUUACUAUAUUGUGCUUCUAAUCUUUCCUAAUUAAUUCUUCAUCUAUUUCUUAAAUCUGUUCAAUGACAGUAGCACUUCUGUUUUUCCCUCCAUUGAUUUUUCACCCAAAUCAUCUCUAUCUCUUCCCCCUUGGAUUCCUUCUUCAUACAAAUUGCUACUCACUCUUUCUUUUAUCUAUCUUGUUUCUUUUUAAUGGAUUUUAGUAGACUCACCAAAUCUCAAUGUAUCUUUUGGAGGGUAUUUUGUAUUGGGAUCUCUGAUUCAUCUUAAUUGUUGUCACUAUAUCUUAACUAGCUCCAACCCUUUUUACUUUUUUCCUUACAGUUUUUCUAAUUGUCCAUCACUCCUUAGUUGUUUCAGGGGAAACAACUAGUCAGGAUUAUCAGCUUCAGGUUAUUUUUUAUUUUUAUAUUUUAUAUAUAUAUAUUGCAUAUAUAUUAUAUAAAUAUGUUUUAUAUAUAUAUAUAUAUAUUUAUUUCAGGUUAACAGUAUUUGUAAGGAAGGGAAAUAGUGGAGGUGGAAUAAAUACGAACCCAGUUUCGACCUUCAGGUCUCACACAAGGCAAAAAUUUCUGUGAAUUUGUUUCCUUAUCUAUAAAAUAUAAAAUGUCCAUACUCCCACGAAGUUGUAAGAAAAGCACCCAAUAAAUGUGAGUUUGGAUUAUUAUUACUAAUUAAAAUAAUAACCAUAAUGAGGAGAGAAAUGUAGCUAUUUCCAAUUUAAUUCCAUCACCAGUGCUAAAAAAGUAAUUGAAGAGGAUAUACCUUUUUACUGCUGGGUUUAGUAACAUUAAGUAGGAUUAAAAAAUAUGUUCCUUGUCCAUGUCUAAAGUGACUAACUUCACUAGGAAAACACCCAUUCAUUGACAGAUUAGGUUUGCAUUACCCAAAAUCUUUUUGCCCACAUACGUCUGUCUAUGUACAGAUAUUAUAGAAUAUUUUUACCAUAUGACACUUGAUAGUGUUCAUUUCGUUUUGAGGAAUAGAUUAUACAUUGAGACUAUGAGUACAGUGGAGCUUAAUUCUUUGUUACUUUUUCUUUUUUUCUUUUCCCUUUUUUCCCUUUUUUGUAGUGUUUUGGCAGUGAUGGUAAGCUGGUCCUGCAUUACUGCAAAUCUCAGGCAUGGGGAUGAUCUAUAGACAGUAAGAACCACUUCUCCAAAAA